UCUGCGUGCCGCGCCAGCGUGGCUCCAGAGUUUUACGCAUAAAUCGCGACAGUGGGACUGCACGCCUCUUUGCCUAAAAGCCCUUGUAGUCCCCGACCUGCCUGCCUCUGCCCUGCUGCCUCUUCUCACGGGGCGCUCUGUGACACUCCAUGAGGUUUGUGCCAUCCACAGCCAUCCGCCGCUUCAUUGCAGUCUUUCUAGCGCAGACACUUCGCACCAAGGGUCGCUCCUCUCCACCAGUUUCCGCCCUAUGCAAAAUAAAUAACUAUUGCAUUGCUGUUGUUUUUUUGAAAGAAAAAAAUCUUUGGAUGUAAUAUUUUCAUCUGUUAUUUUCAACUUGGAUGAGUUUUGAGCGAGGAGCCGCUGCCAAACAGGAGGAAACAACUGCAAGGACAUAUUUUUCACUGACAAGUAACUACUGUACCGCUGGGAGAACACAGAAAAAGCGCCGUGCCAUGUAGCAGCACCCUCAAACCCCGUCUGGAAAACACAGGCUGCUGGAGGAACGCGGCGCACAAGCGAGCGAGGUAGUUAUUUUUAACUCAACUUGAAGGGAAACUACAAAUAUGCUGUGAGGCUCCUCUGCUGCAGCUCAUCGGCUCCGAGCGCAGGUUAGAGCACUGCUGGUGAAUCCUGUCAAGGAGAGGUGCGAGAAAAAACGAUGCGGCUGGGUAGGUAGCCUGUACUUGAUUUUGCAGUUCGUCUCCUGGAAUUAGUAGAUGCAUGGGAAGGGAGCGGCUGUAGCCCCAAACCAGUGGAAGAGAAUAUAAGAGCCGGCGGUGGCACACAAUGGAUACUUGUUCGCCUCUCAAGGUAAAGGAGUGAGUGGAUGAGGUGGAGUACGUCUUCCUCGCUACACAGAGAGAAGUCACCUUGCAGCGUUCAUUCGUGGGAGGAGAAAGUCUUGGGAUUGUUUGUUGCCCGCAGGAAGAACGCAAGGUGACCCGAGAGACACAACAGAGACAAAUGUGACAGCUGGCCAGGUGGGAGGAGCUAUGACCGUCUGAUUCUCACCUUCUUGACAUGACUCAAUAUGUGUUUGGGUACCUGACCUGAACUAUACAACAGGAUCUACUGCUGCUGGUUGUAUCUCUCACUGAACGUGUGUGAAUGUGUGGCCUUGCGAUUGUUCCAAGGGACCAUAUGGCACAAUACCACACAAUAUAGGUCCCUUUGUAUGAACUAACAUGGACAAAGCGGUCAUCAGUCUCCUACUUCUGGGAACUGCAGUUAUGAUGGUCCAUGCAUGUCCCAAAUACUGUGUCUGCCAGAACCUCUCAGAGUCUCUGGGUACACUGUGCCCCUCCAAAGGCCUGCUCUUUGUCCCACCGGACAUCGACCGGCGAACCGUGGAGCUCCGGCUGGGUGGCAACUUCAUUCUCAAAAUCACCACACAGGACUUUGCCAACAUGACAGGUUUGGUGGAUCUCACCUUGUCCCGCAACACCAUCAGCACCAUCCAGCCUUUCUCCUUCAUCGACCUCGAAACCCUGAGAUCCUUGCAUCUUGACAGUAAUCGGUUGACCGAGCUGGGUCCUGAUGACCUCCGGGGCCUGGUCAACCUUCAGCACCUGAUCCUCAAUAAUAAUCAACUGAGCCGCAUCUCCAAAGCAGCCUUUGAUGACCUGUUACUGACACUAGAGGAUUUGGAUUUAUCUUAUAACAACUUGCGUAGUGUGCCUUGGGAAGCCAUCCGCAAGAUGGUCAACCUCCAUCAAAUGAGUCUGGAUCAUAACCUAAUUUCCUUCAUUGCCGAGGGGACUUUCACAGAUCUGGAUAAAUUGGCCCGCUUGGACCUCACCUCUAACCGUCUCCAGAAGCUCCCUCCAGACCCCAUCUUUGCUCGUUCCCAGAGCAGCAUGGUGAUGAGUACCCCAUAUGCCCCUCAGCUCUCCCUAAGCUUUGGCGGGAACCCAUUGCACUGCAACUGUGAGGUGCUAUGGCUUCGAAGGCUGGAUCGAGAGGAUGAUAUGGAAACUUGUGCUUCUCCUUCCAGCCUGAAGGGGCGCUACUUUUGGUCUGUCCGUGAGGAGGAAUUUGUUUGUGAGCCACCCCUGAUCACCCAACAUACACACAAGUUACUAGUGCUGGAAGGCCAAACAGCUAGCUUGCGCUGCAAGGCAGUUGGUGAUCCAAUGCCAGUCGUUCACUGGGUCGCUCCAGAUGACCGUUUGAUCAGCAAUUCCUCAAGAGCAACAGUAUAUGAAAAUGGGACCCUGGACAUUACAAUUACCACAUCUAAGGAUUAUGGCACCUUUACUUGUAUAGCUGCCAAUGCUGCCGGGGAAUCUACAGCAUCCAUAGAGCUGUCUAUUAUUCAGCUUCCCCAUCUGAGUAAUGGCACAAACCGUACCACGCAGUCCAAGUCAGGGCUCUCUGAUAUAACUAGCUCUACUAAGAUCAGUAAGGGGGAGCCUAAACCACUGCCAGAGAAGGUGGUGUCUGUAUCAGAAGUGACCUCUGUCUCUGUUCUGGUCAAGUGGACUGUUAGCAAAUCAACCCCAAAGGUGAAAAUGUACCAACUUCAGUAUAAUUGCUCUGAGGAUGAAGUCCUCAUCUACAGGAUGAUUCCAAUGGCCAACAAAGCCUUCUUAGUCACUAAUCUUGUCCCAGGGAUGCAGUAUGACCUUUGUGUCUUGGCCAUCUGGGAUGACACGGCCACCACGCUCACUGCCACCAACAUCGUUGGCUGCGUCCAAUUCAUCACCAGGGAUGACUACCCACAGUGCCAGUCUCUUCACAGUGGCUUCCUUGGUGGCACUAUGAUCCUGGUCAUUGGUGGCAUUAUUGUUGCCACUCUGCUGGUGUUCAUCAUUAUCCUCAUGGUGCGUUAUAAGGUCACCAGCGGUAUCCAGACCAACAAACUACCCACUGUCAGCAACACAUACUCGCAGACCAAUGGUGGGUUGAACAGGCUGAAUGGUGCCCCACCACAGGUAAAACCUACAGUAGUGGUAAUGCGUGAGGAAAUGGUUGAGUUCAAAUGUGGCUCGCUCCAGAGUAGCCUCUCUUCAUCCUCAUCCUCAUCCAACUCAUUGGACAGCCGCACCAGUAGAGGAGGUGCUGAUCGUUAUAGCUUGCAGGGAAGCGAAUGUAACACCCUGCCCAGCAGCAAGUUCAGGAGACACGGGCGUGGCACCAAAGGUCGGCCUAACUUGGACCACCUUUUAGGGGCCUUUACCUCACUGGAGCUGCGAGGUGUAGCAAGGGACCACCAAGGAGCCUCUGGCCCUUCCACUGCUUCCAGUGGUAUGAUGACGGUGGCAGUGGCACCUCCGUCCGAUAAAGAACCCCUCCUGGGAAGGGCCGAAUCCACCACCAUGCUGGGACGUCUCCUAGGGCUGCCCCAGGAGGGCAAGCCCAAAAGGAGCCAUUCAUUUGACAUGGGUCAUGUGGGGGGCACACAAUGCCUCAGCAAUUACCCACGCAGGAUCAGCAACAUCUGGACUAAACGCAGCCUGUCUGUUAAUGGCAUGCUGCUCCAGUACGAUGACAAUGAGGAUGAAAAACCCACUUUCGAGAGCUCAGAGUGGGUGAUGGAGAGCACAGUUUGAGAACAUUCAGUCAAACUCUGAGGUCCAGGGCCUGACAAUUAAUGUAUUUCAUGAACUAAAGGGACAUAUGAGUUGGGGGAAGAAAAUCUCCAAAGGGCAUCUGCCAUGCUGUAUUGCAUGAAGUUCAUCCAUGUGAAUACUAUCGUCCUUCUGUCCAAGUAAUUAUGUGAACAAGACACUCAAAUUGAUGGUUUCUUGGACAUGUUCUUAAAUCUCUGACAGUGUCUAACUGUAUUUGAAAAAUUGAGGUAUUUUGAAACACAAAGGCAACUUGGAUCGUGCAUAUAUGGCCUUUAAGGAAUAAUGCCCAAUCCACAGGGAAUAUGAGAGAAGGAGAAAAAGGGGGCAAGAAAGAUGAGCAAUUCAAAGUGGAUUUACCCCGUCUUUAUCAAAAGAAUUCCAUGCCAAGAGGAUUUGCUUUGACUGUCGUGAACUGGAUGUGCAUCACAAUGUGUUUGACUCUCGGCAUGAAACAGGACUACUGCAACAGUAGAGGGAAUGAACCAGAGAACAAAAUAGAAAACUAAAACAGUCAUUUUUACUUUCAUCUGGGUUUUGUAUCAUUUUUACUAUUUAUUAUUUGAGGUUUUCACCAGGAAGAGGCAAAGUUAUACGAUGAGGUUGUAAUUCUCAGUGAUGAUCAAGAACAUGCACACAUACUCUAGCCCCUUCUCAUAGACCCGUUUAUUAUCAACACUACUGUCAAAAUUUAACAACUUGCUGUUGAUGACAUGAUGCAUAUUCAAAUUACAGUAUCUACUGUAUGUUCUGACCCACAAGCCAGUCUUGUAUUUCUACCUCAGGUUAUGUAUCAUAUGAGGUUAUUUACAUAUGAGAGAGAGUGAAAAUACAAAACCCAAAUGCACAACAUGCUUUUACAAACAACUAAGAGCAUAAAGAGUACCCGUUAUGUUUUUUUGCAAAUGUUUAAAAGAAUUAUUCAGUACCUUACCUAUUGGAUUCAAUAUGUCUCCAGCUCAGGUUGAAAUCCUGCUGCGACAAAAUUUCAUUUUUAAUGCUUAGAUGAUGCUCUCCCCAGGCUGAAGUUGUCUCUGUAGGCUGCAAAAGGCCAUCAAUGUAAACAGAGUGUUUGCCUCGGGCCACGGUAUCAGAUGGUGUCUGCAGAUCUUGUAGCGAGCAGACAUGAAUAGUCUUUGAAAUCCAUCAAGCCCACUUAACCAUUUGCUUACGGCCACAGCUGGAUUUGCUGUUUGGCUAUCAUUCUUUUCAGACAAGACAAACAAACAAAAUUCGCCGAGGUCAAACACUGACAUGAGGAAAUCAACACUUCUUACCGCGUUACAGGUCAUUAUGCUGCUUCAGAGGGGAAGUUGAGCGAAGGGGAGAAAGACAACUUAUUAAUAAAGGGCCAACAGCUGAAAACUCAUUCAAGGGGAUUUAUUUCACACCAUUGCAUAAUACAGAACCACGUUAGUUUGUGUGUAAUUGAUUUAUCGGACGUAGGGUUUAUUUUUUCAUUCUGUUUCAUUCACAGUGGGGGUGUACGUUGCAGUAACAUAGUCCGACAAUAAUUUGAAUAUGGCAAGCAUUUGAAUUAGUGGUUUGCCUCUAUUCAGAUUACUGCUUAUGAUCUCAACUGAGACAUCUCUCAGUAUACACACAUUUUGAUGCCUUUCUCAACAUCCUGUGUGUCUCUGCUGCAUUUCAAGAUGUGGGGUGUUCAUCAGUUUUUUAUCGUUUCCUUCUCUAGAUGUACUGUUCUGUAUAUUGGCAUUUUUGUACAAUAUCUGGGUGAGAAUGUAAAGGGGGAAAACUGUGCAGUAGUACUUUUAUUUUCUUGUUCAGCAAACAGUGAGAAGGUGCUUUACUGUGGUGUACCAACUUGGUUGUCCUUAGUUGGCUCAGUGAGAUAGGAUUUUACGUGGCAUUGCAAGAAAAGUGACUUGCAGAUUAGCGGUUGGCUGAACCUGCCGUUUCUAUUUGUGGCACCAUGUAACAUCCUCUCUCGUUUUGACAACUAAGAAUACAAUAUCAGUGUGUACUUGACUUGACAUAGUCAUGAUUCACACCUGAGGUUGUUGGAAAAAAAAAAGGAAAAAAAUGUUUCUGUGUGAAAACAUUUUGCUACAAAAGAAUAUAAAAUAUUGAUUAAUUCCUAUGAACCAAA